AUGACGUUGGGAUGCUAUAUGCUGGUAGCUACUCUCAUGUAUAAUGUGCACAUGGGACCCAACGGACUUCACCUACCCGGAGUCACAGUAACCGGAUGGUUAUUUAUUGCACUGGCGGCCGUCAUCUUGGUCGGCGUACAUGGCAAGUACACGCUCCAGUACUUACCAUCAGUCUUGAUCUUUUUCUCCAUCGCCGUUCUACUGCACAACCAGAUGUGGCCUUACAACAAAGAUUUUGGGUAUGUGUGGUUCAUUGCCUGGAUCGUCCUCUACAAGUCUAUCACCUUGGUCUUUGCACCAUACAUCGUGUUCCAGCCGGUCAUUUGGUAUAGCUCUUGGGUGGUCAUUGUUGCCAUGCUCGGCUGGGCAUUCCGGCCCGACCAGUCAUUAACCCGCUUUAUGCUCUGGGCGGCCACGAUUUACGUUUUGCGGAGUGUGCUAUUUUUAAUAGUCCUUACAUACUUUCCGGGGGACAACAGAAGAGCUUCAUUGUUUCCCUUCAAUCUAUUCAGUGGCACGUGGCGGGUGAGCCGCGAACGAUGGCUGGCUCUUGUCGAACUGCCCAAGGAAAACCCCGAGCAAGUACCCGGGGGCGACUCCGGGCAAUUUCCAGAAAACGAAUCCGAGCGGCGAGCAUUAUGCGAGCGAUGCAACAUUAUUGUAGCCAGCUCAAAACUGAUCACAGGCUCGGAAACGUACUUGACCCGACUUACCGAAUGGCACGAAUUUCGGACGACGAAAGAGUUCGUCGACAGUUUUGCAAAGCCUGAACAAAAUACCAACUCGGCUACUCAAGAAGCUAAACCAGCAGAGGAGGCCGUUGAAUCGCCAUCCAUUGAGCAGGAUAAUACGGGCUCUAAAGCGCACUUUGAGCAGGCUUUAGAAUGGCUUCAGUCAUGCCGUGAAAGUCACGACCUGUGCAAAGGUGUCGGCAAUUCGAAGCCCGUCCGACCAAAACGAAUGCUGUUUGUCUCUAAUGGCGGGGAAAACUACUUGGAGCCGGGGAUGCCACCUGCAUCCAUCAAGCUCAUGGACACCUGCGACAUCGACUUUACUAAGUCUGAAUACGUGGCCCUUAGUCACUGCUGGGGUAAGACGAAAGAGGUUCCCUUCACACUGCUGGCGAGCAACAUUGAAAUGCUCUACCAGGGAAUUGACUUCUUCUGUCUGUCGCGGAACCUGCAAGAUGCAAUUACUGCGACACUGAACCUUGGCUUCUCGUAUAUCUGGAUCGACUCUUUGUGCAUCACACAAUCGGAUAAAACCUUUCAGGAGAAGGAAGAGCUGGCCCACAUAUGGGAGGAAGACUGGAAAAAUGAGGCGCCGAAGCUGGGCGGCGUCUACUCAGCCGCCGCCUGCACGAUUGCAUCUACUGGGUCGUUUGACUGUAACGGUGGCUGUUUCCAUUCCCGGAAUGUGAAGGCACUCGAGCCGUGCAAGAUUGGAGCCAAACCUGGGAUCAAACCCACUGCAGCGACGCCUGACGAAGUGAUCUAUGUGCGUCGUGAUGACGUGUUCGACUUUGAUCGUGGCGUCAACUUGGCACCACUUAACACUCGCGGCUGGGUCAUGCAGGAACGUCUUCUGUCGCGCCGCAUCCUCCACUUCGGUGCCGACAUGCUUUACUGGGAAUGCGGCUGCCGCUCCGCCUCCGAGCUCAACCACCAUGGCUACACGUACAAGCGCUACCCUGAAGACUUUCGCGAUCACUAUGCACCCGACAUGUCACCGCAGAAUAUCGAGACCCGCCGAGACCUGUAUAUAGCCGAACGUGAAGGUCGUGGCUUGCGAUGGCAUGACAAAGAGGCGGUGCGGCGACGUCCACCACCACCGAUGCUACAUCCAGACAGCCCGCCAAGCAGUCAGGAAGUAUGGCUGCGCAAGCGUGGUUUCUGGAAGAACGUGCUCAAAUCGGAUUCUGAGCCCUGGACGAACGAUGAAUCUGACGACCGCAAGAAACGACCACGAGCCGGGUUCCGGGCAGACUUUGAGCUGUUACGCCUGGGUAAUGCGGAGAAAAUAGCAACAGCAGUGGCGGAAGAGUUGGCGAAAUACCAUCUCAGUCUCAUGGCGAAAUGGUUAGGUGCAGAGCCGGCACCGGAAGACGAGUCUCGCGAGGUCGGACAGUACAGCUACAGUCAGCUGUGGUAUAACAUUAUCGAGCCGUACUCUCGUUGUCUGCUAACUACUCCCACGGACAAGUUGGUGGCCAUAAUGGGCCUCCAGGAGGAGGUCGGACGGGCAACGGGAUCUACGUACCUACAUGGGCUAUGGAGCCAGCGGCUGGCGACGGAUCUGCUAUGGUUUGCCAUAGAUGGACCUGGCCAGCGGCUUCGCAAAGAUGGGAAGAAGCCCGAAACUCCAGCCAUAGAUGGAUCUGGCAAACAGGUGGGCAAAGAACAGAAUAAGCCCGAGGGACCACCUGUGGCACCGACUUGGUCCUGGGCGUCAAUUGUGGGCGCCGUCGCACUCGAUCUGAUGCCGGAGAACUCACGUGCACACAUCGAGCUGAAAGCUACUCUGCUCGCGACUAUUCGCAUCAUUGACGGGAAGGACCACCCGAGCUCUACGGCGAUCGAGCUCUACGGCCCCGUACUAAAAAUAGAAGCAAAUUGGCUGACGUUCGAUGGUACUGUAUGGGGUAUCCACGCUGGUAACACAAGACGGCCGUCGGCAAGGUUCUUCCCGGACGUUGCCGGGAGAGACGAACAGUCUCGACAGAGCUUAGAAGGCGCAAAAGAUCUGGUAUGCCUGUCCGCUCUGGUCCUACGACGAAAUAAGUCCAAAUUGGCCAUGACAUCCUCCACGGAAGAUGUCCAGGGGCUUGUACUUCGUUCUGUAGAAGAGACUGAUGGUGCAGCUGGCAAUAAUCACGGGGAAGACAAUUCACCAAAGGAUUACGUUCGAAUCGGCUAUUUCACGACAAGCUACAUCGCCAAGUCUCGGGAGGCGGCUCAAGGCCUGAAGGCACUGAAGAGGGCCGAGCUCGCAAAUGCCGGCACGGUCCCCGUGUAUACGGUCUCGGGGCCCUCCUCGCGAGCUCUUCCCGACUGGUUGGCGAGCAAGAAGAAGCAAAGCCUGAAACACGAUCCUGAAUAUGCGAAUCGCCUGGAGCUGCUGCAGGACUUUGAGUUCACGGGCGCCAGCGGCUGCAUUCGCGUCUCCGAGGAUGGCGAGUGGGUUAUGUCAACCGGAACCUUUCCUGAACUGGGAAGAUUCCAAAAGUCAUUUCAGAUCGACUUGGGCGCGGAUGAUGGCGUUGAGCGCGGUCUACAAGGAAGCAUUGGCGUCGGGUGCGUGAAUGUGGCUGCUCUGGCAGAAGAAUCGCACGGCCUGGCUGCUUUCGGCACCUCGCGCGGCACAGUCGAGUUUUGGGACUCCCGGAGCCGGGCGAGGGUGGCCACACUAGACACACACGACGGCGAGAUCUCGGCAUUGGACUUCUCGCGCUCGGGCAUGUCGUUGGCCACGGGAGCAAGCUCCGGCAUCGUGCAGAUAUACGAUCUUCGGCGGCCGACGCCUCUCAUGACCAAGGAUCUCGGCUUUGGUUACCCCGUGAAGAACUUGAUGCACCUGACGACGGCAUCGGACGAAAAGAAGAUUCUGGCGUCCGAUAAACGGGCAAUCAAAAUCUUUGACGAGACAGACGGCACGCCGUGGACGACAAUUGAGCCAGAGGCAGACAUUAACUCGGUGGCACACUGCCCGAACUCGGGCAUGCUGCUCAGCGCCAACGAAGGAAGACAGCAACAUGCGUGGUUUAUUCCGAUGCUUGGCCCUGCUCCGAAAUGGUGCACAUUCUUGGAACGCCUCGUUGACGAGAUGGCAGAGGAGGUAUCGACCACAACGUACGACAACUACAAGUUUCUCACGCUGGCCGAGCUCCGUUCUCUCAGCUUGGCUCAUCUCGUCGGCAAGACAAAUCUGCUGCGGCCAUACAUGCACGGUUACUUUGUCGCGAGCAAGUUGUACGACCAGGCACGUCUCAUUGCCAACCCGUACGUGUACGAGGAAGAGCGGAUGAAGCGUGUCAAGGAGCGGAUUGACAAGGAGCGGUCCAGCCGGAUCCGUGGCAACAAGAAGGUCAAGGUCAACCAAAAGCUGGUCGACAAGCUUCUCAAGAAGCAGGAGAAGAGAGACACCAUCGAUCUGGAGGCUGGAGCACUGGGCGACGAACGUUUCAAGGGUCUCUUCGAGGACGAAGAGUUUGCCAUCGAUGAGAAGAGCGCAGAGUUCCGGGCACUCAACCCGAGCACUAGGAUCGACGAGACCGGCAGGACAAUCUGGGGCAAGCACGUUCCCGCCAAGUCAGACGCCGAUUCGGACUCGGACUCGGAAGACGCUGACGACAGCAUCCGGAAGCCUGACAGCUCAUCCCGCAAGCCUGUCGGAGGCGAGGUGUCGAUGCGCAUGUCUUCAUCAGCGCGACAGGGCGGCAGCAAGUCGAAAGACAGCACGUUUGGAGCCCGUGUCGAGCAGAUGGCAGCGUCGAGCAGCCGGAGCCACGGAAAAGGCGUGCCGGUUCGAACCCGCAUCGUGGGCGAGCGGCAGGUUACCUUUGUGCCCGAGUCGUCCAAGAAGAAGGAGGAGCCGGAAGCUGUCGAGAAGCCGGCGCCGAGACGAGACAACAAGGCUCGACGAAGCGCCAGCGGCAACACCUUUCGGAGUCUUAAGCAGUAA